AUGAUUGAAAAGAAAAGCGCCCAACCACCACAACUGACCUACACCCAAGCCAAUGGCUUUCCAUACACUCACCAUCCAUACGGUGCGCAAUAUUCGCGCCCUGAUGGUCCCUUGUUGUUGCAAGAUGUACACCUAGUGGAGUCGCUCGCGCAUUUCGACCGUGAAAGAAUUCCUGAACGUGUCGUGCAUGCCAAGGGAGGUGGCUGCCGUUUCGAGUUCGAGGUUACAGACUCUUUGUCGGAUAUAACGUUUGCUGCCCCUUACCAGAAACCAGGCUACAAGUGCCCGGGUAUGGUGCGUUACUCUACCGUGGGAGGUGAGGCAGGAACUCCUGACACUGCACGUGACCCUCGCGGGAUGUCGUUCAAGUUCUACACAGAAUGGGGUAACCACGACUGGGUGUUCAACAACACACCUAUUUUCUUCAUUCGUGAUGCCAACAAGUUCCCACAUUUUAUCCACACGCAGAAGCGUUAUCCUCGUUCCCAUUUGAAUCAUGGUAAUGAUAGUUCCAUGUAUUGGGACUACCUGACCCAAAACCUGGAAUCUAUGCACCAAAUUGUGUAUAUGUUUGGCGACAGGGGUACCCCGGCCAGCUGGGCCAACAUGAGCGGAUACUCUGGCCAUACCUUCAAGUUUUUCAACGAGAAGGGCGAUUUAACUUAUGUCCAAAUCCAUGUGAGACCUGAAGGUGGUGUCAAGUGUCUCAACAAUGAGGAAGCUGCCGAACUGGGUGGUAAAAAUCCAGACCACAAUCAAAAAGACAUGUUUGACACUUUGGAAAGGGGCGAGCGUCCGGUCUACAACUGCUAUGUACAGACAAUGACUCCCAAGCAGGCGGAGGCGUUCCGCUACUCAGUUAAUGAUUUGACCAAGGUUUGGCCUCAUAAGGAGUUUCCAUUGCGUAAGUUUGGUAAGAUCACCUUGACAGAAAACGUGGACAACUACUUUGAAGAAAUUGAGCAGAUUGCUUUCAGCCCUAGCAACACUUGUAUCCCUGGUAUCGAGCCUUCUAAUGAUUCUGUCUUGCAAUCUAGAUUGUUCUCUUAUCCUGAUACGCAGCGUCACAGACUUGGUGCUAAUUAUUCUCAAUUGCCCGUCAACAGUCCUAGAAACAUGUGUCCUGUUUCUGCAGGUAGCUCUGGCUGUCCAUUUUUAAUGGGCAACUUCCAAAGAGAUGGCCCAGGUGCCUUAUACAACCAAGGAUCUUAUCCAAACUAUAUCUCAACCCAGGACGAGCAAAGGGCGCAGUUCAAAAACCUAAAUGACGACAAAGCGUGUCCAAACAAAUUCGCAGGUGUUGUAACCAAGGAGAACUCGGACGCUGCCUUGAAAUCCCAAGAAGAGGUCAAGCAGCAUAAUGAAAUCGUGGACUCCAAGAUCAAUGAGUACUAUUGGGUUACCGGCUGUUCCCCACUAGACCUGGAACAGCCAAGAGCCCUUUACGAGAAGGUCUAUGAUGAUGCCGCAAAAGAAAGAUUUGUUCACAACGUCGUGGGCCAUGUCAGCACUGCUGCUGCUCCGAUUCAAACCAAGGUCACUCAGUACUUUGGGCUUUUGAACAAAGAUUUGGGUGCCGCAAUUGCCAAGGGCUUAGGUGUUAAAUACGAACCUCUAUCCUUUGACGAAUACGCCAAGUCCACAAGCCUAGCUUCUGCUUUUUAA